GCAUUUUUCCAUAUUUCAUUGCCAACAGAGUGGUAUCAUGUGCGUAUCGUCAUGAGGAUGAUGCAGCAAAUCGCCGAAGUGCCUAACAUAAAAAAUUCUUACAAACGUCAUAUAGUCAUAUGCCCAAUCGGCGCCUUGUCUGUUAUCGUUGCACAGUGUGUAUGUAGCAUGUAUGUCUUCUGUGGCGUACAUCUUGCUGCGCAUUGCAUCAGCAUCAGAUCAUUAUUAACUUAACUAAUUUAGCGGGUUCGUCUCUAUUGUGGCGGAAACGAGACAUGGGGUCAGGCGUCUUUUUCUACACAGCUAUCUACAUAAAACAGCCCAACGUCCCGUCCCAGGUGGAGAAUGCCGAGCCCAGAUAUAAAAGACAGACGUAAAGCUCUCGCGUACCUUACAUGCCCGCCCAUAGCUUCAAAUCGCCGCAACACGGAAGCACAUAUCAACUUAGAGAACUGCGCCCUGCAGAAUGCCAAACACCGAGCCAAAUAUUCAGAAAAGCGAAGACACGACUUCCCAUCACAAAGAACCCCCGGGUGACACGGCACAGAAUGAAGUCCGUCUCGAUCCGUGGCAACGCUGGUCGUCUGCCCCAUGGAACACGGGUGCCUCGUGCUGGUGGUGGCACAAUCCUCAUUUGGCUCCUGGAGACAAGGUUCCGACUGCAAGGGUCGGUGCGCCCUCAUCAGCUGCUCCCAUCGGCAUAGGGCUACCGCCCCUUGGAUGCCCCUGGCUUGUGAAUCACUGCCCUGACUGCGGGCAGCGAUACCAUGGUUGGCCAGCUUGUAGGGCCUCGUACCCUGCACCGGGAUAUGGGUGGGGUUGUGGAUUUGGUUGGCCACACCGCGUAUGCCAUCAUUGCGGUGGCCAUCAGUGAUGAGACGGAGCUAACUACGCGAAAGUCAGGGCAAGAACUGUCUUGUUUUCAGGGCCAUUUAAUAUACCUAUGGGAUAUUUCUUUACCCAAACCCUGAGCAUUUCCCUCAUUUGUACAACAAUGAAUUGAGACUGGUACUGUUUGAUGCAUAACUACAAGUUCAUGGCCCACGUCUGUCUUGGCCAUAGAAGGCUUUUUGAGUAU